AUGAGCGACAGUGAUCCGUCACUGACCGUGAUUGGGGAGCAGGUACCGGCAAUCGUCGGGGAGCAGGUCCCAGUGGAAGACGGCGACCGGGCGCCUGAUGAUGUCGUACGAGCGCCGGAGGCAGAUGGCGAUCGGGCGCUUAACGCUAAUGGCGGCCGGGCGCCGGGUGACGCUGGCGACUGGGCGACGACUGAUGGCGGACGAGCGCCGGGUGACGCCGGCGACUUGGCGCCGACUGAUGGCGGACGAGCGCCGGGUGACGCCGGCGACUUGGCGCCGACUGAUGGCGGACGAGCGCCGGGUGACGCCGGCGACUUGGCGCCGACUGAUGGCGGACGAGCGCCGGGUGACGCCGGCGACUUGGCGCCGACUGAUGGCGGACGAGCGCCGGGUGACGCCGGCGACUUGGCGCCGACUGAUGGCGGACGAGCGCCGGGUGACGCCGGCGACUUGGCGCCGACUGAUGGCGGACGAGCGCCGGGUGACGCCGGCGACUUGGCGCCGACUGAUGGCGGACGAGCGCCGGGUGACGCCGGCGACUUGGCGCCGACUGAUGGCGGACGAGCGCCGGGUGACGCCGGCGACUUGGCGCCGACUGAUGGCGGACGAGCGCCGGGUGACGCCGGCGACUUGGCGCCGACUGAUGGCGGACGAGCGCCGGGUGACGCCGGCGACUUGGCGCCGACUGAUGGCGGACGAGCGCCGGGUGACGCCGGCGACUUGGCGCCGACUGAUGGCGGACGAGCGCCGGGUGACGCCGGCGACUUGGCGCCGACUGAUGGCGGACGAGCGCCGGGUGACGCCGGCGACUUGGCGCCGACUGAUGGCGGACGAGCGCCGGGUGACGCCGGCGACUUGGCGCCGACUGAUGGCGGACGAGCGCCGGGUGACGCCGGCGACUUGGCGCCGACUGAUGGCGGACGAGCGCCGGGUGACGCCGGCGACUUGGCGCCGACUGAUGGCGGACGAGCGCCGGGUGACGCCGGCGACUUGGCGCCGACUGAUGGCGGACGAGCGCCGGGUGACGCCGGCGACUUGGCGCCGACUGAUGGCGGACGAGCGCCGGAGGCGGAUGGCGAUCGAGCGCCUAAUGCCGAUGGCGGCCGGGCGCCGGAGACGGUUGGCGAUCUGGCGCCUAAUGGUCGGGAGCUGCUAGUAUUUAGCGUGCUCUUCUCCACCUUCCUUUUCUUGACCACCUUGUGGAGUGGCGUCGGACGAGUCCUUCGCCGGAUGGCGAUUUCGGCUACCGUGGGUAGCGGAACGGACCGGCCUAUCUCUUUGCCACAACUGGAACAAAUCUUGGCGUCUCCAGCGAAAGCUUGGAAAGUACCGCCGCUGAUUUCGCCCAUAAAAAUCUCGCCUAUUAAGACUUACGCAAGGCAGAGGACUUUCGGGACACAGACCAGUCCGAUCCCGUUUUCCGGGCUCAAGAGGACGGCAGACGCGUCGACCCAGACGAAGAAACGCGGGGGCGACUUGGCGCCGACUGAUGGCGGACGAGCGCCGGAGGCGGAUGGCGAUCGGGCGCUUAACGCUGAUGGCGGCCGGGCGCCGGGUGACGCUGGCGACUUGGCGCUGACUGAUGAUGGACGAGCGCCAGGUGACGCUGGCGACUUGGCGCCGACUGAUGGCGGACGAGCGCCGGUUGACGCAGGCGACUUGGCGCCGACUGAUGGCGGACGAGCGCCGGAGGCGGAUGGCGAUCGAGCGCCUAAUGCCGAUGGCGGCCGGGCGCCGGAGACGGUUGGCGAUCUGGCGCCUAAUGGUCGGGAGCUGCUUGUUUUUAGCGUGCCCUUCUCCACCUUCCUCCUCUUGACCACUUUGUGGAGUGGCGUCAGGCGAGUCCUUCGCCGGAUGGCGAUUUCGGCUACCGUGGGUAGCGGAACGGUAUUCCUUAUCCGUGGCGUCGUGGAUGGUGGUGUGGCGACUGGCGCCGUAUUGCUGAUCAAUGUUAAAAGCGACUUGCGCUGGAAAACUUACACGGAAUGUUUAUCUGACGCCUACAUGUAUGUUAUCGACAAGCUUCUAAAACUUUAA